AUGGCUUCGGAUAAGGAACUUGUUGCCUCCAUUCUUGCUCAAGAAGAAAAAUGUCAAUUUACAAAAUUUACUUCUGAAGACGCGCUCAAAUUAGGCUUGUUAUUAUUGGAGAACGUUAAGCCUUACAAAAAAUCAGUCGUCAUUGAUAUCGCUAUGAAUGGACAUCAAUUAUUUCAUUAUGCUAUGGAUGGUACAUCCAAAGAUAACGAUGAAUGGGUUCGUCGUAAAAAUAAUACUGUCAACCGUUUUGGUCAUGCCAGUUACUAUGUUGGUCGCUACAUUGCUAGCCAAGGAAAGACCUUUGAAGAGAAGUAUUAUGCCAGUGAAAAGGAAUAUGCUACUCAUGGUGGUGCAUUCCCGUUGAUCAUUAAGAAUGUCGGCGUUGUCGGUACUGUAACUGUAUCUGGUCUCGCACAACAGGACGAUCACAAUGUUGUCGCGAACACUAUCGAGCAAUAUAUUUCCAAAUCAAAUUAA